AGCAAAAGGACAUGCACCGUAGAGGAGGAGAUGAUGAUGGACGUUUCGGGAAUCUCGUGGUGGUGGUGAUCGUGUGGAAGAUUACAUGCAUGUUGUGACUAACACUCAGGCUGACCUUCUUGUCGGUAGAGGAAAACAUCGUCCACUUCAAAUGGUCAACAGAAAGUCGGGUGCUAAAGUACAGUUUGACCCUAAGCCAUCGCCUGUGCCAGGAAUAAAAAUUCUAAACAUCCGAGGUCUUCGAGCCCAGAUCGAGGCUGCUGUCAAACUCAUCAACAAGACGACUGGUGCCGAGGGAACCAUCUCAGAACAAGCUCAGGACUUCUGGCUUCAGUGGGUUGAGGCCGCCUUCCCUGGCCUCGAGUCACGCGCCUACUUCCUGCCUCCUGUCUACGUCAACCGCGUGCCGCUGGUCAGACGGUCGGUUGGUGGCCAGGAUGUCUUCGUCCUUCAACUAGCCCAUGGUCAGGCCGGUCAGCCUGGUCACUCCGGCCAACCGGCAACUAUUUCAUCUGAAUCUCCUCCUGCUUCUUCACCUUUUCUUCUAUUCAGGACAGUGACGUGAGAGAUGAUGCAGCCUUUCAGCGGGUUCUUCUGUGUCUCCAGAAAUUUGCUGAACAUAAAGGAGAGGUUUUAUUCGGAGUAAGUCAUCUUGAUUUCGUGCACUAUCUGGGUGAACCUGGUUACGCUGCCGCGGCUGCCGAGUUACCCCUACCCAAGAAUAUGUCCAAUGCUACUUCAAAGACCAGACAAGGAGACUUUGAUGUUCUUCUCAUUCAUAGAAACUAUGGCUUUGUUGUCUGCGAAGUGAAGUCUUUUGGUGAUAACGCUAGGGAAUUGAACAUGUCACAACAAACUUUAGUAAAUAGCAUUAGGAAGAGACUGAAAGAGGCCAUCUCACAACUGCACAAGGCGGAGACCAUUUUGUCUCACCUGGUGUCUGACAUCGCUCCCGGUUUGCGCAUCACUAAGACCAUCGUAGUCCCGAACAUUACAGCUGAUCAGAUACAAGAAGUCAUAGCUACAGAUUGUGAGCUGGCUCAGGACCUGUGUCGGUGUCUUGGAACAACAACCGACCCCGCCGACAUCACUGGUCUGUGUCUGUGCUGUGAUCAGCUGUCUGACCCCAAGACCCCGUGGGACGUCAGUAGUCACGUGCUGAGUGAAUUCGGACUCUGGUGGCAGCGACGUGUGGCUGGGGCUGGACCUGAAAAAGAAAUGACCCUUGACCUAUACAAGAUAUUGGUGGCGAGGUUCUGCGGUCCGGCGACUACAGUGACUGUGCCAUGCACAUCUCCUCCACGUGUGAGUGUCAAGACCAUGGAUCAAGCAGUAUGGUGUACAGGAGAGUGCUAUACUGCUCUAAUAACACUCUUCCCGGAGCAAGUUGACCUGCUUAACAUGGCACAUCCAAGAUUGUUUAUGACCGGACCGCCUGGUACAGGUAAAACUGUGGUGCUGCUGCUGAUGGCCAUAGAGUGGCUGCGAUGGGGUCACCACGUCUACGUUGUCAGUACGUGGUGGAGGAGUCGUGCAGCGUGCAGCAUGUUGCAUCAACUGCUGCAGAGGAUUAUGAACAUGCAUGAGACCCCCGGCAAACCUCACCUCCUGCAGUACCAUUUUGAAGACGAGAAAGACGUUACCAGGGCUGUGGCCGAGCUGUCACAGAAGGCGAUUGGUGGGAAAGUGUACGUCAUCGCAGACGAGGUGGUUCGUGGCCAUAUGUCAGCGACACGCUUACAGACUUUCUGUGACGACCUGCUGAAACAAGUUCCACGUCUUCAUCUCUGGGCGGCUAAUUGUUAUGAUGGACACGUUCCUGUCGGCUGGCCAGAAGAAAAAUUAACCAGACCUCUCCGCUCUCCUCCAGCUGUCGUCCGGGAGAUUAAAAAAUCCAGGGAAAUUACAGCAGAAAAUAAUGUCAGUAAAUACAGCGAGCGUGGUGUGCCUGAUCACACAGAUGGCCCUCCAGUCAGACGACUCUAUCACCAAGGUGCCCAUCACUCAUCUUCUUGGUUAGGCGACUGUGUCACGUGCGGUCGUGAGGUGGCCAGUUUCUACAAGGUCUUCGUGUUGGCAAUGCGGGAAACUGCGCAUCGUCUUCUUGCGCCAACAGCACCAGUGCAACUCCACCCUGUCUUCAGUGGAGAGAGGUUUUGGUGCUAUGCUGGGAAACUGCUAGUGACAACGCGGGUAUGUUGGAGGGACUGGAGGGAGCGGGUAUCCCUGUCCGGGUGAUGAAGGACGAUGACAUCGAGGACGUGGCCAUGGCCCGCAGUGACGUAGUGUGGGUGGCUGAUGGACGUCGUGUUCAAGGACUGGAGAGAAAAGUCAUCGUGUGUCUUGGGAGCAAUGACCUUUCUGUACCACUUCACAACAUGUCUCGAUGUACAUCACAGCUCUUGAUUAUCACCCCUGAGAAUGACGAUUCUAGUCCUCGCGAACUGUCUUAACAGAAAAUUAAGUGAAGCUCAUUCAAGUAUGACCUGUGGAUUGUUAUUAUAUGGUUAAGUUGAAAAGAUUUAAUGACUGAAAUCUCUUGAUCACAUACAAAAUAUCUCAUUUUAACUUUGAUAGUUUGAGUGUACAAAGCAUUUCAAUCACAACACAAAGACAAUAAAGGAAAAAUAUUCAGGCUAAAAAAUUUUCUAAACAAUAUGAUUUAUUUUAUUUGAUUUUAGCGAUUUUGUGAUUCAGGACUAAUUUUCUACUCUUUGGUUAUGUUAUCUGAAUGAUAUCUUUGAUGCAAAAAGAGUUAAGAUUUUACCAACAGAUAAGUUAAAAAAUCAUUAACAUUGUCAGUAUGCAAAAAAAUAAAAUCAACAAUGUUACUAAAAUAGCAGAAAAACUUGGUCCUUAAGAUGUAGUCUGUAAUAUUACACUUUUCCCCCAAAUUACUUUCGUAAUACCCUGACCAAAAUCAAAGAAGUCGUACAACACGUUUACAUUGCUGGUGAGUAAAUCCAUUAGACCAAACUGAUCAUAAGGUUUUGCCAUUAAAUUCACAAUGUUCACUUGUAUGAACUACAGAGAAUCUCAUAUUUUGUCUGGUUGUAAAGUGCUAUUAGCUUAGUAUUUUAAUCAUUGUUUAAUGAUGACUUAAAACAUUUUUGAAUACAGUUGCAUCUUAGCAGACCGUCACACAAUGCAUUAUUAAAUCAGAUGAUAAAAAUGUUUCAUUUGGUGUGAAUAAAAAAAUUCCUACUAACGACAUUUAAGCUUUGUACAUCCCACUGAAUGAGACCAGUGCCAUCUAUGUACAGGACUUUAAGAGGUGUUCCUUAGUACAGAAGUCUUUCUUAACAAACCUUGGAUACGUAGUGUACUAAAUUUUUAGUCAUGGCAUUAAAAAUCCCGAAAUAAAAGGGCAAGCGAAAGGGAAAUUGUGCUUGCUAAAUAAUAGAUGCUGAUGUUCUAAACCGCUUUAGGUGAAUAUUUCGGGUCGUAAAACAAUUAUUUGCAGUCUCGUCUUCACAGCUACAGCAGGGCUAGGCGACCAUUUUUGUUUACUUUUAGCAAAACACCCUUGGCAAGCAGUUAUUUUGAUUGUCUUUAGAACGCUUGCGUGAAACCAGUCUACAGGGAAUAAGAAUUUAGCUGUGAAGAAAAACAGACGAGAGAUAAUUUCGUUGCUUUUAAACAAUAUUUCCUACGGCACGAGAGAGGGUUAGUUUAACCAAUCCCUCACUCCCCCCCCCCCCGUAUUUUUCUUUAAAAUAUUGUGCGAAAGAAACCUCCAACAGCAAACACGCAGGUAUGAUUUUAAGUAAACUGCUCGAGCUAAAUUGUUUCAUGAAAAGUAUUUAGAAUGUCAGUAUCUGCAAACUAAACCUAACUUGUUAUUCCCCUUGUCCUUACCUUUACCUUUCUUCAUACAGACCAUUACUGCUAUCUUUUCUGUUAUUUAAAUCAGAACUGCAAAAGCCAUGGUUAACAGAUUAAAAAAUACAUUUUGUGUUCAGGAAAUACGAAGGUCAGAUAUCUGAGCAUAACAUUUACCUACACAGACUUUGGACAAUCCUAUAGUUGUCUUUUUAGCAAGUGUGUCGCCAGAUGACACCAGUUCUUACUUGAUAUAUUUUGCAGGUUCUUGUGAUUUGUCACUGCUGAAUGGAGCUAUAGAAGACUCGAUCAGAACCAUUACAAACAUAGUUUUAUGAUAGUUUUAACGCAAAGUUUUAUGUGUUCACACACUCAGAUAAGCAUGUUUAAGGAACUUGUUAUCAUUUGAAUCCAGUUUGUGUCAACAAUGUAAGGACGCAUUAAAAAUGUAUCACUUUCAAAUAGGACUAUACACAAAAUAUGUGCAGUACAGAAAUAAACAGAUUCAAGUGUAGAAAAAGUGAAGUAGGUAUCUAAAUUUUCCCGUUUCGAUAAAAAAUCAAAUUGUUUGAUAUAUGUAUUAUAGUUUUCAUCUAAAAUGUCAAUAGUAAUAGAGCAUUACAAAUAUAAAAUUUCGGAAAAUAAGACAUCAAAGGGAAUAAUUAAAUGUGAAAACUAUUUAAUACAUCAUGUUAAUCAGAAGACAAAUGUGCACACAACCUUUAUUAUUACUCCAUCAUAACAUUUGUCUUUUAACAGAUGAAAUUGAUGGACAACCAACCGAUUAAACCGCAGCAAAUGUCCAUAUUGUUGUCUUAAAUUACUGCAAUUCUCAGAAAAAGUGAUAUUUUUACUUGUAUAGCUAUCUGUUGUUGUUGUUUUUAUUAUCAUUAAAAGCUUUUGUUGACGCUUUUAAUAAUGUGAUAUUUCAGCUUUAAGAUGGAGAAACUUGUGCAAUUGUUUUGGACAUACAGAAAAAACUAAAAGUUUAUGAGAAUGUCCAAAGUCUACAUAAUAGUAAUAAAAAUGAAAGUUA